CUGCAGCCUGUUGAGUCAAAGAGUCGAUGAAGAGACUCAGAGCGGUCACAACACGCACACUGUUUGUUGUUUGUUUGUUUGUUUGUUUGUUUGUUGUUUGUUUGUUGUUUCCGCUUCCUGGAGCUCUGAGCUGCGUUUCUACACGUUGUGGUUUCGCAGUCUUGAGGGACGAGGUCUUUAUUCAUCCGGACUGAAGCGGGUCUGCGGAGCGGCCAAGGUGCAUGAUGGGAUCUUUCCGGCGUCCCAGGGCUCGGUUCAUGAGUUCCCCGGUUCUGUCCGACCUUGCCCGGUUCUACGCCAGCUCGCCGUCACUGCAAAUCUCCAACGCCAGGGUGUGGAACAGUGUCCAGUCAGCUGUGAUCAAAGUGUUCCAGGGUGGAGCGCUGCAGACGAACGAGCUGUACACGCUGAACGAGAGCAUCAGGUGGCUCCUUAAAACGGAGAUGGGGUCCUUCAUCACAGACUACUUCCAGAACCAGCUGCUGACCCGAGGUCUGUCUGAAGUCCUGGAUCAGGUCCUUCUUCACUCCGGUGACGACCGGCUUGCAGUCCUCGCCAACAUGUGGAACAGGGUCUUCACCGAGAUCCUGCCGACCCUGCAGGCCAUCUUCUACCCGGUCCAGGGUCAGGAGCUGUCAGUGAGGCAGAUGACCCUGUUGGCCUUCAGAGACCUGGUGCUGUUGAAGCUCCACCUGGAGGACACCCUGGGUACUGCAGCCUCCAUCCCUCCACCUGUUACUCAGAUGCUGCUGGUGCUGCAGGGUCUCCACCAGUGCGGUUCUCCCAGUCUGGAAUCCUCCCAGUUGGAGAACCUGCUGGAGGUCGUUGUGUCUCCGUAUCUCAGCGACGUUCUGCAGGACGGGAACCAGCUGCUGCUCGCGCCUCGCCACCGCUUCCGCCCAGAAGUGUCCGUCACGCAGCACCACGCCUCCUCCUCCGACUCCUCCUCGCUGUCCCCGCUGGUGGAGCAGGAGGGCGAGGCCUACCUGGAGAGGUCCGGCGGCGUGCGGCGCCACACGGUGGCCAGCGGGCACUCCGACGUCCGGCUGCUGUCGGCGUCCGGCCGGAUGGAGGAGGACGGAGGGGGCGGGACGGUGUCCUCAGACGGUGUCCUCAGACUGUGUGUCCUCAGACUGUGUCCUCAUACCACUGUGUCCUCGGACUGUGUGUCCUCAGACUGUGUCCUUAGACUGUGUCCUCAUACCACGGUGUGUCCUCAGACUGUGUCCUCAGACUGUGUGUCCUCAGACUGUGUGUCCUCAGACUGUGUCCUCAGACCACUGUGUCCUUAG